CGCGCCGCUCCUCGCCGCCCGAGCCGAGCCGAGCCUCUGCAGCCGCCGCCGCGGCCCCGCCGCCCGCCGCGGGCGCCCACCAAGCACUUUGCAGACUCGCUUCCACCCUGCGGGCCAGUCCGCGCGGCGGGGCCCGGGCCCGGGGCGGCCGCGUCCAGGGACAGGCCAUGCAGUGAAGCCCCCCGACCCCGUCCACCUUUGCCCGGAGCCGCGGGCAGCGGACCCGUGCGCCCAGACGGCCCCGGGGCCGGAGCGGUGCUAAGGAGGGGUGGGGUGGUCCAGCCCGGGGACCAGGAGCCGGGGAGGGAGACGGGCACCGAGCUGAGGGCGGGAGAAGCGGCUCCGAAGUUUGCCUCGGACUCACCGGGCGCGGCGGCGGCUCCCUUCGCGAGGUUUAUUUUCUUGAAAAGGCUCCAGGCUUCGGCUUGGAAAACCCAACCGCCAAAAUUGAGCCCAGCAGCUGGAGCGGCAGCGAGAGCCCUGCCGAAAACAUGGAAAGGAUGAGUGACUCCGCAGAUAAGCCAAUUGACAACGAUGCGGAAGGGGUCUGGAGUCCUGACAUUGAGCAGAGCUUUCAGGAAGCCUUGGCUAUCUAUCCACCCUGUGGGAGGAGGAAAAUCAUCUUAUCAGACGAAGGCAAGAUGUAUGGUAGGAAUGAAUUGAUAGCCAGAUACAUCAAACUCAGGACAGGGAAGACGAGGACCAGAAAACAGGUGUCUAGUCAUAUACAGGUCUUAGCAAGAAAGAAAGUUCGAGAAAUUCAAGCCGCCAUUAAGGUGUCUAGUCACAUUCAGGUUCUUGCCAGAAGGAAAUCUCGUGAUUUUCAUUCCAAGCUAAAGGUGACAAGCAUGGAUCAGACUGCCAAGGAUAAGGCCCUUCAGCACAUGGCCGCCAUGUCCUCAGCCCAGAUCGUCUCAGCCACUGCCAUUCACAACAAGCUGGGGCUGCCUGGGAUUCCACGCCCCACCUUCCCAGGGGCGCCAGGGUUCUGGCCGGGAAUGAUACAAACAGGGCAGCCAGGAUCCUCGCAAGAUGUCAAGCCCUUCGUGCAGCAGGCCUACCCCAUCCAGCCAGCGGUCACAGCCCCCAUUCCAGGGUUUGAGCCUGCAUCAGCCCCAGCUCCCUCGGUCCCUGCCUGGCAGGGUCGCUCUAUUGGCACAACCAAACUUCGCCUGGUGGAAUUCUCCGCUUUCCUCGAACCACAGCGAGACCCAGACUCGUACAACAAACACCUCUUCGUGCACAUUGGGCAUGCCAACCAUUCUUACAGUGACCCAUUGCUCGAAUCAGUGGACAUUCGUCAGAUUUAUGACAAAUUUCCUGAAAAGAAAGGUGGCUUAAAGGAACUGUUUGGCAAGGGCCCUCAAAAUGCCUUCUUCCUCGUCAAAUUCUGGGCCGAUUUAAACUGCAAUAUUCAAGAUGAUGCCGGGGCUUUUUACUGUGUAACCAGUCAGUAUGAGAGUUCUGAAAACAUGACAGUCACCUGUUCCACCAAAGUUUGCUCCUUUGGGAAGCAAGUAGUAGAAAAAGUAGAGACGGAGUAUGCAAGGUUUGAGAAUGGCCGAUUUGUAUACCGAAUAAACCGCUCCCCGAUGUGUGAAUAUAUGAUCAACUUCAUCCACAAGCUCAAACACUUACCAGAGAAAUAUAUGAUGAAUAGUGUUUUGGAAAACUUCACAAUUUUAUUGGUGGUUACAAACAGGGAUACACAAGAAACUCUCCUCUGCAUGGCCUGUGUAUUUGAAGUUUCAAAUAGUGAACAUGGAGCACAGCAUCAUAUUUACAGGCUUGUAAAGGACUAAACAUGGUUAUUUAUAUAUAUAGAUAUCUGUAUAUACACACACACACAUAUGUGCACACACACACACUCUCCAUUUUCGAACGACUGACUGUAAACCUCCCCGUGCAGGGGUGGUGCCCUGGCCCUGCGGUCACCCUACUUUUCUAAGUCCUGUUUGAGUGAAGUCAUUUUUCCAUGUGUUCAUACUAUCAUCGUAGCUGUGAAGUUCUGGUACAGUUGUAAAAAGAGAAAUCGAGUUGUUCCUCUGUGUCCCUCAGAUCUGCAGCCCACAGUUCCGCGGGAAAGGUGAACCCUAGAACCCGUCUCUGCCCACAGAGGCCUAUUUCUAAUUGUGGUAAAAAAUAUUCAGACAGAGCAUUUGCCGUGGGACAUUUACAGCCUUUAUACAAAUGUAUUUAGUUCUUUCUCUUUUUUUUCCAACAUAAAAUUCUUGUUUUAAGAUACAAGUAAAAUUAAUCUUUAAAUAUAAAUGUAAAUUUAGUAUACAACACUAAGAAUCUUUAGACUUAUCUUUGUAACUAAUUAGGGUGGAAGUUAUGAAAGAAUGUAAUUCACUAAAUUAUUUUUUAAAUGAAACUUUUAUUUCAUUUUGAAACCAAAUGUUGAAAUAAUAGCCUUAAGAAAUGCUUGGUAGAAAUAUCCUAAUGAGAAAAAUUUGUACUUUUUUCACAAGGUUAAAACUAAUCUCCUAAUCCAUUAAACGCUUGAACAGGUAUUACAAAGGAAGAAAACUUCACCCCUUAUCCUUAACAUAUAUAGUAUAUUUAAAAAUAUAAAAUUGUAUUGUUACUAAUGUGAUGAUUGAUUAUUUAAUGAAAAAGAAAAGAUGGCUCUUUUUGCAAUAAGUAGAUAAAUACUGAAAAUCUAAACUUACAAUGUUUAUAGUCUUGUGUGUGCAGUUAUAUUUUAUAUGGACAACCAAAUUUUUUUAUUAAGAUGAGUAUUUGAACCACUGAAAUUUAAUAACAAAAAAUUUUAAUUGGCAUGAAUACUGCACUGUGAGCUACAAAGUAUAGAAAUCCUGUGGCUGGGAAAAAAUUGCAUCAACCAAACAAGGAAAAGGCUCAUCAGUUUUAGCAUCUCUGCUCCCCCGAAAUUGGCAAGCAUCCUCACUAGCCUGUGGAUAAAUUGUUUAUUUCUGGUGAUCCAAUAGGCCUAUUAACCUGCUAUAACUAUAUGUAUAUGUAUGUGUUUGCGAAUACAUAUACAUAUAUAGCUAUUCAUCACGUAUUUAUUGCACACCUAGUUAGUGCCACUAAGUUUGCUAGGUGCUGAUAUGUAUGUAUAUUUCAAUCUGUCUCUAUAGACUUAGAUAUAUUCUCUAAGGACAUCCAUUUUCUUCUCUCUCAAUAAGUCACAGUUCUUGUUUGACCGAGGUUUAAGAGGCCCACCUUAUUUAUCUCUGACCUUUCAAACAGGCUCAAGUGGGAGGUUCUCUUCUCAGGAGAGAUUCAACUGAUCAACCCAGAUAUUCCAAAGCGUGGCCCAGGCAGACUUGGUGUGAUGUAGCCACAUGCAUCUCUUUCCACCGGGCUUCGUUGGUAAACACCCACAAGGACACACACCCAACUUCCCAGAAGAAAGUGACAUUUCUGUAAAUGUUGGGAACAUGCUAACACAACAGAAUGUGAAAUAAGUUUUCUAAGAUGUGAAACAUAUCAAGACUUUUUCAUCAAGCCAGAAAAUAACAGCUUUGUUCUGCCCCAUCAAGUAACUUAUAUACCCCCUCCCUGUCUCCCUGUCCGCUCUGACCCUGCUUGCACACUGGUUAGGAUCUGGUGGUCUUGAGCAUGAGGGUGUGCCGGACUGGUGACCAGCAGAACACUGGGCCACACCUGGCCUCUUCUGAAUUCAUACCACUGGUUCACUGGAAGACCAGAGGAGAAAGUGCAAAACCUUCCCCAUUUGGAGUGCACACCCCUUAAGGAACCCAGUAGGAGGGCGCCCAUCUUCUCUCCAGAAAGAGACUGACGGCCUUUUGUCCCCUGCUUCCCCGUGGGCCCUUGAAGGAUUGCCCCCGUCGUCUGCUCUUCCUUCGGGUCUUCAGCCCAAGCAUUGAAACUUCUUCUGUUGGUCAUCCAUCCGAGGGAUGUUGCUUUUGCUCCUGUCUCUUGUAUUUUCCCUCAAGGGAACCCCCACGCUUAUAAGAGCAGGACCCCAGAACUAACGGCGUGCACAUGAUGCACGUGGCUUAAAGCCAGGUCAUCCCAGAGCUCCAGGGAGAGAGGUAGCAAAAUGGACCCCAGGAGACCCGCUAGAGGGUAGUUCAAUUGGCUGCAGAGAAGGGCAUCCCUGGUCACCGACUCCGGGUCAGGCCCGGCCUCUGCUGCUUCACCGCCAGGGUCCUCCUCCAAACUCUUUUGUAGUUGAAUUUGGGGGGCUUACAUAAACAAUCCUGAGGCUUACUUUUUGCUCUUAAAUCUUUCUUCUUAUAUCUUUUGCUCUGAGAUGCUUUAAAGUUGUUUCUUGUCUUAUUCUUCUCAAGUUUUCUCCAGGGCAGAUCUUUCCCUAUCGUAUCCAUAGGACCGGUCACCCAAACCCUCGGCCCUCUCUCCAUCUCUCCCGGAUUAGACUCUGGGUGGCAUUUGUGUAAGAUCUAAUCUGAGUCUGUCUUUGGUCUUUUGCCCUUCAUGGCCGUCCUCUCCCUCUGUUGGAAAGCUUGCUGCACUGCAAAGCAGUCUUUCCAGGGCAUGGCCCUCACUGCUCUCUCCCCUGGUGACUCUCUGCUGCCAGGUGUGAUUCAGAGACAUGGCGUGCUUUCUCUUUGGACAAUUGGAGGCCAAAUUGUCACUCCUAAGCAGGGGGUAGCUGAGGAACCAGCUGCUGGUCUGUUGCCAUUCUUUUUCGCCUACAAAAAGUCAUGACUUCUUCAAAAACAUGUCCCAGGAUUCCAAAAUGUCCAAACUGCCCGAGACCAGUGUCAACCUCAACAUUGUUGACGUUUCAUACCAGGUAAUCCUUUAUCCUUUAUUGUGCAGGGAUGUCCUGUGCAUAGAGGAGGUGUUGCAGCACCCAUGGCCUCUGCUCACUAGGUACCAGUAGCACCUCUUCCCUCAGUUGUCACAACCCAGAAUGUCUUCAGCCAUCACCAAGGUCCCAUGGGCACAGAGUCACCCCUAAUUGAGAAUCACUGCCCUAAACUUCACAGGUCCCACAUACCAUAUUUUACCCUGCGAUAAUACCUCUCCUUGCGUCAGAUGUCAGGAGGCAGGUAGAAAUAUUAUACAAGUGACAUUGUGUCCAUGCUUCUUCCCGUUUCAGAACUUCUAUUUCACACGUCUCUUUUACCACAAGCAUUUAUGCUUCUUCUAUUGGUCACCCAUCGUAGGGCUGUUGCUUCUGUCUCUUGCAUUCUUUCCCUCCUGCCAGGGGAAGCGGGGAACAGCUGGUCACGAUCAUCCCAGCAAUCAAAGAGCAUUUCUAAUUUGAUCUUCAAUCCUUAGUUUACUGGAUUUAGAAGACACACAGCUAUUUUCAUUAUUUCUCAUAAGCUUGUGGGUCUCAUUAUCAAACCUUCCAUCGUUUGGGUAGAUUUCCUCUGGUCUUCUGCUUUUCUGCCUGUUUGUAUCUGCAGAAGCUUUGGGAGCGUGUCUUUUCACCUUCAGGGAUGGAGGAGAGGGGAUCCAUUCCGGGAGGGGCCGAUAGAAGCUCUUGUUCAUUGAGCUAAAGGAGCGCACAAUCUACUCUCCUUCACUGUGUGGAUGAGGAAGUUGAGGCUCAGCGUGGCCAGUGACAGAAUAAGGGUGAGGCUCUCACACUCCUGCCACUUACUCCUCGGCCUCUUCUGGUGGAAGUUGUUCCUCUUUGGUGCUCCUGCUUCAACGACCCCCACAGACGUGUGGACGGGGUCCCUUCAGAAGAGAGGGAGAGGAAGAGCUGCCAGAGCCACAGCGUUGUCCCCAGGCGGCAGCUGCUUCCCAUGUGGGCAGGUCAGACAAGACCCCGGUGGGGUAGUCGGAGGUCACCACAAGCAGAUAGGCAAGCUGAUGAGCCUUUUUGCUUCCUCUGAGUUCAGUGCCCCUGCCACAGGCUCAAAGUUCCCAUUGCUAAGCGUCCCGGCAGCCAAGUCCCACGCUCCGGCCAGCUAAAGCGCAGGCCCCGUUCCAAGCACUUGGUAGGCAAGUCCCCAGGCGACUUGAAAAACCCAAGUCUUUAGGUUUCAAUACUGUAGUGGCUUCAGCAGUUUGUUUUUGUGUAACCAUAAAUUACUUCAGUCACGAGACGACAGUCAGUUUUACAAACCAGGUACAUAUCAUUGGUAUGAUUUUGUAUAUGCUCUGGUACACUGCCCCUGUCCUAACGAAGGGAGAACCAGUCUCGUUGGUCCGUGUUCUCACCGGUGACCUUGAGAGGACAUGUCUGCACCGUGCACGUCUUUAUGUUGCUGUGUCUGCGGCAAAGCCCUCUCAUUUCUGAAAAGCCUUAAAUCUUUGAGAUGUCGCGUGGAGGGUGUGCAGUGCAAAAGGCUGCCUCAGAACUGUGAGCCCUUUUGUAAGCUGGAAGCAUUUCUCUUACUACUGUUACUCUUUUUAGGAAGUUUUAAAUUCAGAGCUGCCAAAGCGUUCCAGUAAGCAGUGCCUUAGUGAUACAUUAGUCGCGCCACCAGCCUUGUCUUACACCUGUACUCAGUGCCCAUUGACUAAUUGGCCCCAUGUUUAAAACAGAACAAGCAAAAAUUGUUUCCCUUUUGUUUAUUAAGCCCAUUUUUCUCCAGUUCUACAAGAAACUGACUACUUGGUCUACAAUUGGAAACUGAACGUAAGUCAGUCCUCUGACCAGACUCUCAAAUGUAGAUACCAAAAUGAAAGGUUUUUGCAAUUUCAUAGUUGACUAUGAAAAGCAAAUUGUACUUUUUAAUGUUGCCUUUUAAAUUCACGACCAAAUAACUUAGCUAUUUGUGAGUCUUCUGCACUCCAGCAUGAAAGUGCCUUUGGUUUGAGAUUCCAGCUUAGAAAAGUGCUGCCAUAAUAACGAUCACUUGUAGAGAGACCAAAAAUAUAUUGAGAUCACCGUAAUGCCUUUGGUUUACCGGGAUGAGUAACCAGCCACAGGCCUCUGUCCGCAAGAGCACGACGUGGACGCCGCCCGCUGGGAGUCUGUCUGCCGGGGGAGAGCCCCUGCCACCGCCCACUGGGAGCACGCUGCUGCAGGAGCGACCCAGAAACUGCUGUGUUUGUGUGUGCCACUGACCCUGGUGUCAUCUCCACUCGCCACCCAGCCCUGCACCCCCGAGAGGGAGCGUCCACACCAACAGCAGACUCUCGGCCAGCGGAUAGAUUCCGUGUUCCGUCUCUGCGGAGGCUUUCUCGUCCAUUCAGACGACCGUGCGCACUUGUGUGUUUUACACAACGAUACCAUUUUGCAAGUUGGAAGCCUCAAACUGAGAUGACAGUGCAGAACAAAAGUGAGUUAGGGUCAUGACAAGUGAAGUGUUCUUAGGGCAAAAAUAUUGACUCCAAGUGUUUUGUCUGAGAAACUUCCAAAGAGCACCAUUCACAAUUCGGCGUUUUCAAAGAAGGUUCCAGAAAGGGGCCAUAUUGGCUUUUCUCAAAACCUUGUGUACAUUGGGAAAGCUGAUAGAGGUGAGGAAGAGGAGGGAGAAGGACAAGAAGGCAAACACACUAGCCAAACAAGGUAAAAAGAUGUUUCUUUAUCAGUCUAGACUUAAAAAUGACAUCAGACGUCUUUGAAAGUUAGCCUCUGAACUCUCAAUGCAUGUGUUCUGUCUGUCUCUGCCUGGCGUCUUUAAGAAUAUACCCUCUCUGGGCUCCGAAAUUUCAGGAGUGCUUUCUUCCCACCAAGUUGUGAGUAUUUCUAGAAAUUUCUAAAAGGAGAAAAUCAAAUGAAAAGGAAAAUUACUCACCACAGAUUCUAGCUAGCUGCUUGAAUUCAGGCCUCCCUGUCAUUGUACUUACACCAACAGCCUGGAAGAAGUUAGUCAAAUCCCCAUUCCCUCUUUUCAAGUGUCACUGCGCUUUGUUUGGCAAUAGUUUUCUCUCAGAAACUCAUUGCUUAGACUGUUCAGAAUGAAGGUUUUGUGCUUAAAAUGUAUUGCAUCGCAAGGGAUAGUGUCACCGAAGUCAUGCACCAUUAAAUAAGAUGAAAUAUUUGUAUUUAUUGUCCAACUUCUUAAGCCGUAACUUGCUUAAUUCUCUGUGAAUCUGCAUUUGCGUUGAGUCAAUCACAUACCACACUACAUGUUAGUAUUGGAAACGGCAUUCAUGUUCCCCCCUCAUUCAUCCUUCAGUGGGGUCCGAUUCCAGUGGGUCCCACCGGUCAGAUUGGCCAUCUUUCCUCUGGCUCCCGCCAUGAGAUCAUUUCCCCUUCCCCUUGCUCUAAGAAAAGCUGAAAGAAUCGAGGCAUAAAUCAAUUGGAAACCAGUCUCUGAUUUCCUUUCCCAUUUUUUUGCAUCAGCCAUUUUUUUGUGAUUAGUUUCACUGUGUAAAUUAGGUACUAACUGCACUUCUUUAAAAACAAUCUCCCUGUUACCUCCUUGAAAGAUUCACUUCUGUAGGCCUUUCUUCAAUAGGCUCAUGACUGCAGAUAAAGAAAAGCUAAAAACAAAAACAGUACGUGCCUGAAAAACAACAACAAAACAUUUUUGUAACAUUGAAAAAAAGAAACCUGAAUAGCCUUUAAUUCUUUAAUAUGCUUACAUGUUAGGUAAAUCGGUUUUUGCCACGUGUGUUUGUUCACAUUCUAAAUGACUUAAUGGGAUUCUCACAGUCUGUGUCUUCAUGUCACGUGUAUAAAAUGGGCUUGUGACGUAAGCGUUUCAUCUGGUCAGUGGUCCCUUUGAUAUUGUACUGCUGCUGGGAGUGGGCUGUGGAACCUGCCUUCGGUGCUAAGGUUCCUCUUGGGGAGAUCGAAGAGAUUGGGGGGUGGGGGUGGGCAAAUUCUCACACACAUUUUCUUAACCUAUUUGCAGAAACUCUGAAAAGGCGUUUGGUUAAACCUCUUGGCAGUACAGUAUUCUCGUAUUUGUUAAUGUCUGUGUUUAGGUACUGGUACCUUUUUGUUUAAAAAUGUUCUAAGUGUUGGCUUUAAAGUGAAUUUAUCUUUAGUAUGAUAGUUAUAUGAAAAUUAUAGGGUUUGUGUGCAGAGAAUUUUUUUAUAAAGUGCUUUGUAAAAAAAAAAAAAUGUAUUCUAGCUUUCGCGGUACAUAUGUGUGAUAACUUUAAUAUCCAUGACAGUUAAGUGCAAUUAUUUCAUCACUCUAAAAAUGCUAUUUUUGUGUCAGUUCCUGCAGGUGUUUUCAUGUCUUUGCAAAGUGACACAUUUUGAUGCCUUCUUGAUAAAGUGGUAGACAUUUUGUAGCUUUCUAGAAACUUUGUAUUCAUACAGUAUCAAUGAAAAAUAAAGAAAAUGAAAGUGUGGGUCA